AUGAACAAUGAAUCUCAAACGAUUUAUGAUCCAGAUGUGAAUGAUUUGGAAAGUGACAGGAAAGGUGACGGUGAAGGAAUUUAUGAAAGUGAAGUUAUGGAAGCUGUUGGGCUUCGUUCUCCGUUAUUGAGCUUCAAACCGAGAGAAAACAAGAAGUGUCGAAUUAGGGUUUUAAGGGAAGUAGGAAGUUGUUGGGCUCCUUUCUUCAACCAUCCAAGUCACUCAGAAGCCGGUGUUCAGGGAGUUGGAAAAUCCAUCUUAGCCGCUUCAGUGGUUUUAUCCUGUGUUUUGCUGCUUCAGGUGGUUGGGGAAUCGGUACAACUAGAGAUCAACUAG